AAGAAGUUGGCAAUGAUUUAAUAAUAAAAUAAAACUGGCGCCAUUAACUCAUAUGGGGUUAGGUUGAGUCCCUGUAUAUUUUUUAGUUUUUUUGUUGUGGGGAAGUUAGGGCAAUACAAUAUUUUCAGGGGAAGGCCACGCAGUGAACGUAUAAAAUGCUUUUUCCAGAUAUGCCAAAUUUUGGUUUUAGUUUGCUUGGAUUAGGUAAACACAAAUUUACUCUGAAAUGCUUACAGGGAGAAUUUUAAUGAGAGAAAAUGCCCUCAUCAGUGCGACCCAGAGGAGGAAGCGCAUCAAAUAGAGGUUUGCCUGUGACACCAAUGUCUGAACGGCAACAACUUGCUUUAUUAAUGCAAAUGACGUCUACUGGAAAUGAAGCAGGAUCAAGAAGUCCCAGCAGUACCAACUCUUCUCGUUCUAGAGAGCGUAAUGAAAGAGGUGAAACUCCAUUGCAUUUAGCUGCUAUUAAAGGCGAUGUAGAACAAGUCUGUAGGUUACUGGCACAUCAUGCCGAUCCUAAUGUAGCUGAUUUUGCUGGUUGGACCCCAUUGCACGAGGCUUGCAACCAUGGUUGGUAUGACAUAGCAUUCAGGCUUGUACAGUCUGGGGCAGACGUGAAUGCAAAAGGUUUAGAUAACGAAACGCCUUUACACGACGCUGUUAUAAACGGCCACAUUAAGCUGGUAAAGCUUUUGGUGGAACGUGGUGCAGAUAUACACGCGAAAAAUGCUAAAGGAAAAACGCCGCUAGAUGUAGCUUCCGUUGUUGUGCAGCCCUACCUGCUGAAUCCAAAUUUGCCCUUUGCAGAAUCUACGACUACAUCAAGAUUGCAACCUCGUUCAAGGGAUGACAAAAAACUUACCGACUCUAGCAAGCAAAAAUCAGUUUCCACAGAUGAAACAAUGGAAAGUUCCAAGACACCCACCAAUUCGGAGGACGUGUACGAAUUCAAAUCAGUGAAGGAAUCGGACUCUUCGCCUGAACAGAAGGCUUCGGAAUUGGAACUCGAAGCGGACGCUACCGAUCCGCUGAGUAUACCGACCACGACGGCCGAAGAGACGACCAAAAGGAAUUUUGCCGAAGUUGCGGACAACUCCGAGGACGGAGGAAACGAUGACGAGUCGAAGAGAAAGAAGCGAAAAGACGAGGGAACAACAAAGGAAGGCAAAACGACCACUCCAAGAAAUGCAGGACCUAACAAGGGACAAAACAGCAAGCAAACUGUCACUGGACAAGGCAAAGCGGCAACAUUAAACGCUGCCAAAACAACGACUGUCGAAAAGAAAAGUCCCUGCUCUAGUCCAAAACCAACUGGUUCAACUAGCGAUGCAGAGGUAGAAGACGGUAAAACCGAUUUGAAAGUGCCUCCUCUAAAAAUCGUAAUUCCCCAAAGUAGCAGCAGCGAACAGGAGCCGACCAGCAGGAACGGCAAAAACAGUUCACAGAGGGCGCAUCAAGCCUUGCCAUACGUCGUUGCCAGUUCGAAUAGCAACGACGCGAACGAUAUGGCAACGGCGGGCAGUCCAGACGGAGCUGGCAGCUCCAAAGGAGAGGAGAAGAAAGAAGGUGGAGGAAAGGGGGAUGACGAGAGAGGUAGCCAUCAGCGGGUUCUACGUAGUUCACACCGUAGUGGAGCACAAGGUACCGAUAGAGGCAGCAAUAAUUCCUCACCGCAAUUGCAAAGAUCACACUCGCCGUCACCUACGGCUUCUCCGGCCGCCUCCUCUAACCAAACCGAUGCACCGGCCGCCUCUACGAGCACUUCGACCAAUACUACGGCUAAAACUUCUGAUUCGCAGGCAACUCAAAAUAAUGACGUUGAAACUGCGACCGCUUCACCGGCCACUAGUGCCCCUGUAACAACGGCAGCUCCUGUAGAGUUGCAUCCUCGAAAAAGAAAAAUGAAGCCGAACAAGGAACCUGUUGCGCCCGCACCCGAAGUUGCCGAAGCCCCUGCUGAAGCGCAAAUACACCCGCACGAUCAACCGAUCACCAACUGUUAUCAGUUGUUUUUAAAUAUUAGAAAACAGAUAAACAAACGUCGCCGUGGAAUUUAUCCCGUGCAACCAAAACCUCCACAGGGAUUUAAGGAUUAUUUGAUGAAUAGGUGCACCUAUGUUUUAGGUGGUACUGCACCAAACACUCCAAAUAUUUCAUAUCCCUCCACUUUACCAGCGCCCAUGAAAGAUUUAUUUACAGAACAGGAGAAGGAGAGGUACAGACUGAGAAUGCAACAUGUCAUUGAAAAAGAAAAACUGGUUCUUUCAGUUGAACAAGAAAUUUUAAGAGUACACGGCAGAGCAGCCAGAGCCUUGGCCAAUCAAUCGCUGCCGUUUUCAGUGUGUACAAUACUUAAAGACGAAGAGGUUUAUAAUUUAAUAACGCCAGAACAAGAAGAAAAAGACAGAAAUGCUCGGUCUAGAUAUAAUGGUCGUCUUUUCCUGAGCUGGUUGCAAGACGUGGAUGACAAAUGGGAAAAAAUCAAAGAACAUAUGCUGUUAAGGCAUCAUAAUGAAGCAGAAUCGUUGCAUGCCGUUCAAAAAAUGGACUGGGAAUGGAAGAUGAAGGAGCUGAGUUUGUGCGACAGAAAAUCCACUCCUUCGAUUGAUGAACAUCAUGUACCCAUGGUGCAUGUCAGUGAUGACUUUGAUCUCCUACCAGCCUAAUUGUGAUUUAACAUAGUUUUUUUAAGUGGUAAACUGAUUAUUGUUAAUGUGUAUACUGUAUACUUAUGCAUUUUAUAAUAUAAGAAAUAAAUUUUAACAAGAA